CCCUUUCACCACCUUCGUCAUCGUCUUCGCCAUUCCAACUGAUAAUCUUCAUUUCUCUCUCUAAAAUUCACAAAACUUUCUCUCUCUGCUCCCGGCAACAACAUGCCGAGCAGAUAUCCUGGAGCCAUAACUCAGGACUGGGAGCCCGUCGUCGUCCACAAGUCGAAGCCGAAGGCGCAAGCCCUCCGCGACCCGAAGGCGGUGAACCAGGCACUCCGGUCCGGCGCGGGGGUCCAGACGGUCAAGAAGUUCGACGCCGGCUCCAACAAGAAAUCCUCCGCCGCGGCGCCGGCUGUCGACGCGAAGAAGCUGGACGAGGGGACGGAGCCGGCGGCUAUGGGCCGGGUGGCGCCGGAGUUGAGGCAGGCGAUCCAGAAGGCGCGGCUGGAGAAGAAGAUGAGCCAGGCUGAUCUGGCCAAGCAGAUCAACGAGCGGCCUCAGGUGGUCCAGGAGUACGAAAACGGCAAGGCCGUGCCGAACCAGGCCGUUCUGGCGAAGAUGGAGAAGGUUCUUGGCGUCAAGCUCAGGGGAAAGAUCGGGAAAUGAGGGCUUUCCAACGGCGUCGUUUGAUCCGGUUCGUGCCUCUAAAAUAGGCUUCGAUCUCUGUUUUCUCGUGUCUGUAACUAGAUUCUGAUGGAAUUUACGAUUAGGUUGUAAAAAGGAUGUCAAGAUUUUGAUCGUUUCGGUUUGUACACUUUCUGAAUCGGUUCUGAUCAGUUUGAUUUUAGAUUUGGACUGCGAUCUUGGUUGUUAUCUUGACGAGAACUUGUGGUUAUCAUGUUCUAAUUGUAUACUUCCCGAGCACUUUCUAUUCUUGUUUGGUUGUCAAGAAACUUUCAAGGAAAAUAUAAAGAAGAUCAAUCUUGAGAA